AACCUGUGACGUGUGACCUGGCCACGCCCCGCGCAUCUGUCUGCCCUGCUGGCUCUGUGGACUGUGUAUGUCAUCUGCACGGCUGGGGACCAUGGGCGGUGGUGCCACUUUACCAACAAUCACUGCCCUUCUCAGCCUCGGGCUGUGUUGGGACCUGUGGGGUCACAUACAGGCAGGUGUCCUCCCCAAAUCCUCCAUCUGGGCUGACCCAGGCCCCACGGUCACCAAGGGGAGCCCUGUGACCAUCUGGUGUCAGGGGUCUCAGUGGGCUGAUGUCUACCGUCUGUAUAAAAGGGAUGCCUCUAGACUCUGGGAGACUAAGACCCCACAGGACUCCAGUAACAUGGUCGGUUUCUUCUUUAAACACUCGAGCUCAGACACUGCAGGGCUGUAUCAGUGUGCAUAUCGCAGGGGGACCCGCUGGUCAGAGUGGAGCCACCCCCUGCCCCUGGCGGUGACAGGCAUGUACAGGGAGCCCUCCCUCUCAGCCCGGCCGGGCUCACUGGUGCUCUGGGGAGAGAACCUGACCCUCCAGUGUCACUCAGAGGCCAGCUUUGACAGAUUUGCUCUGACCAAGGACAAGGGGCUCAUAACUCCUCUCCGUCUUGAGGGGCAGCGCAGCCCUGACUUCCCCCUGGGUCGUGUGAAUCACAGCCAUGGAGGUUCGUACAGAUGCUAUGGUGGACAUUACCAUUCCUACACAUGGUCGGCCCCCAGCGCCCCCCUGGACAUCCUGAUCACAGGAAUGUACAAGAAACCCUCCCUCUCAGCCCAUCCAGGGGCCUCGGUGCCCUGGGGAGGGAACGUGACCCUGCAGUGCAGCUCUGAGACCUGGUCGGAUACCUUCCUUCUGUCCCGGGAGGGGUCACUGUCUCCUCCCCAGCACCUUCGUCUGCAGGACACAGCUGCACCCUUUCAGGCCAACUUCACCUUGAGUCCUGUGACCUCAGCCAACAAUGGGACCUACAGGUGCUACAGCUCACUCAGCACCUCCCCCUAUCUGCUGUCACAGCCCAGCGACCCCCUGGAACUCUUGAUCUCAGGAAGCUCUGAGGACCGGCUCCCCCCAACUGCAGAGUCAGGCCCACAGACGGAGUCCACGUUCGCCCUUCGUAGAAGAGGACUCCCGCCACCUGCCUCGACACGAAAGCCUUCAGCACAGGGCUCGGCCCUGUUUAGAGCUCAAGAAGGCCGGAGCCCUCCCUCCUGCCCUUCUCAGAUACACACAUGUCCACACAGGCCCCAGGGAGCUGGGGUGGUGCCAGGUCUCAAAUCGUACCUGAAUGUUCUGAUCGGGGUCUCGGUGGCCUUCAUCCUGCUGCUCCUCCUCCUCAUCUUCCUCCUCAUCCGACAUCAGCGUCAGGACAGAUGCAUGAAGCUGGUGGCUGCAACAUCAGUGCCCAAGGACAGAGGCCAGCAGAAGAGCUCCAGCCCAGCUCUCGAUGUCCAGGAGAACUUGUAUGCUGUCGUGAAAGACACAGAGCCGGAGGACAGCAGACAGCUGGACAGUCAGGCUGCCGCACCUGAAGCCCCCCAGGAUGUGACCUAUGCCCAGCUGAACCACUCGACCCUCAGACAGGAGACGACUGCACCCCCUCCCUCCCAGUCGGGGGAGCCGUCCGCAGAGCCCAGCGUGUACGCCACACUCGCCAUCCACUAGCCCAGCGGACCCAGACCCCCCACCGCCACCCUGCACUCCAGGGACUGAAUUUGCAGAUGCUGGCCUGUCGUGAACCACUAGGAGCUUCUGCAGGUCAACUGCUUCCAGGAACAUCCUGGAUUAUCACGCAGCACUGGUCUUAUCUGCGGUCCCUGGUCCCUACCAAAAACACCCAGCUGACUGCGGACCCCGUGGAGCUGCUAUCAAGACCCUGGAGCGAAGGGAGGGCCUACUAUCCAGCACCAGGCUGUGAGGACGUGGAUUCUGCAGGCUUCACAGCCACUUAGCAAAGGACCCCAAGCCCUCACUGUGCAGCUCGCCACUCAGCUAACAUCAGAGCCCCAGGAAGGGGACUAGUGCCCAGUCACUGAGGUUGCUUAAUGCUCAAGUGUGUCUCACUUCCUGAGACAAGCCCCUUCCUUCCUGAAGCAGCUUAAGGCUGAGAAGAGGGAAGACGGCCUCCCUUGUGACCAUGAAUGUCUCCGGAAAGUCCCAUCGCAGGGGGAGGAGCGCAGGGCCCCCCUCCUUGCUCUACCUGGAAAUGACUCCUCCUCGCCCCCACACGCAAUUUCCUGUGGUUCUGUCUGAAAGAACCUUCCCAGCACUGUUCAGUCCCCCACGGUGAUAAUGAAGUGGUGUGCAGAGAUGCUUGUUAUGACAUGGGGUGGGGGGAGGCCCACCAACCGUCCUGCAGGUGGUCCCAAGUAACUGAACAAAGGUACCGGGCCCUCUCUGCACACCGGCAGCACCACAGAAACCAGCUCAAGGACCCAGCCCGCAUGUCCCCCCCGCAGGAGGGUGUACGUUUGGAGGAGGGAGAGGCACACCAAUAAACACCAGUUCUCAAGUGUU